AUGCCUGCCACCACGGCGGACACCCUAUCCCUCGUCACCCGCACCGUCACGGUCGCUCCGUUAGUCCUCCUCUCUGUCGCAGAUCACUACGGGCGAACGGCCAAGGGUACUCGAAAACGUGUGGUUGGCGUGUUGCUGGGUGAGAACACGGGCCAGAAUGUGCGGGUAUCAAACAGUUUUGCUGUCCCGUUCGAGGAGGAUGAGAAGGAUCCAUCGGUGUGGUUCUUGGACCACAACUUCGUCGAGUCGAUGAGAGACAUGUUCAAGAAGAUCAAUGCCCGUGAGAAGCUUGUCGGGUGGUAUCACUCCGGUCCCAAGCUGCGUGCGUCAGACCUGCAGAUCAACGAGCUCUUCAAGAAAUACACCCCCAAUCCCCUGUUGGUGAUUGUCGAUGUGCAGCCGAAGGAGGUCGGCGUUCCUACGGAUGCUUAUUUUGCCGUGGAUGAAAUCAAGGAUGUGAGUUGGUCUACUUGGAUUGGUUUUGAAAGGACUGGGGGGUGGCUAAUCAAUGCCGAGGAAGCCGAGGAGAUUGGAGUGGAACACCUUCUGCGAGACAUCCGGGAUGUGGCAGUAGGCACACUCUCCACCCGCAUCACGUCGCAGCUGCAAUCUUUGCAAGGGCUGCAUCUGCGGCUCCGUGAUAUCGGUCAAUACCUCCAGAAAGUCCUCGACCACGAACUCCCCAUCAACCAUGCCAUCCUGGGCAACCUCCAGGAUGUCUUCAACCUUCUCCCCAACCUGUCCACCCCGCCGACGACGCCGCGGAUCAGUGGCCAGGAGACGCAGAUUGAAAACAGCGAGCUGGCCCGAGCCAUGAGCGUCAAGACUAAUGACCAACUGAUGGCCAUCUACAUCAGCAGUCUGAUCCGUGCCAUCACGGCAUUUCACGACUUGAUUGAGAACAAGAUCCAAAACCGACAGCAGCAGGAGGAGAGCGAUUCAAAGCGGGAGCAGGAACUCAAUGCCUCCAAGGGCGACGAGGCUAAGAAGACCAACGGAUCGACGAACGGCGACCAAAAGGAGGAGCAGGAUAGCUCCGACAAGAGCAAGAAGAAGAGCUGA